AUGUAUGUGGUCAAGAGAGAUGGGAGACAAGAGACUGUCCACUUUGACAAGAUCACUGCUAGAUUGAAGAAGCUUAGCUAUGGCCUUAGCAUUGACCACUGUGACCCUGUUCUUGUGUCUCAAAAGGUCUGUGCUGGUGUCUACAAAGGUGUCACCACUAGCCAGCUUGAUGAAUUGGCUGCUGAGACUGCCGCUGCUAUGACUGCUAAUCAUCCUGAUUACGCCUCUUUGGCUGCGAGGAUUGUUGUUUCGAACCUGCAUAAGAACACUCAGAAAUCAUUUUCUGAGACGAUCAAAAUUAUGUAUAACCAUUAUAAUGACAAAUCUGGGCUGAAGGCUCCUUUGAUUGCUGAUGAUGUUUAUGAAAUAAUUAUGAAGAAUGCUGCUCGCUUGGACUCUGAGAUCAUUUAUGAUCGGGACUUUGACUAUGAUUACUUUGGCUUCAAGACCCUUGAAAGAUCCUACCUCCUGAAGGUCCAAGGAAAGGUUGUGGAAAGGCCUCAACACAUGCUGAUGAGGGUUGCUGUUGGAAUUCACAAAGAUGAUAUUGAUUUGGCGCUCAAAACAUACCAUUUGAUGUCUCAGAGGUGGUUCACUCAUGCUUCUCCCACCCUUUUCAAUGCUGGAACACCAAGGCCCCAAUUGAGCAGCUGCUUCUUGGUGUGCAUGAAAGAUGAUAGUAUUGAAGGAAUAUAUGAUACAUUGAAGGAGUGUGCUGUUAUCAGUAAAUCAGCUGGAGGAAUUGGUGUAUCUGCUCACAACAUCCGUGCUACUGGAAGUUAUAUUCGUGGAACAAAUGGGACAUCUAAUGGCAUUGUUCCAAUGUUGAGGGUGUUCAAUGAUACUGCCCGCUAUGUUGAUCAAGGAGGAGGCAAGAGGAAAGGUGCUUUUGCUGUGUAUUUGGAGCCAUGGCAUGCUGAUGUAUUUGAGUUUCUGGAUCUCAGGAAAAACCAUGGAAAGGAAGAACACCGUGCUCGGGAUUUAUUCUAUGCCAUGUGGGUCCCUGAUCUCUUUAUGGAGAGAGUUCAAAGCAAUGGGCAAUGGUCAUUGUUUUGCCCUAAUGAGGCUCCGGGUUUGGCAGAUUGUUGGGGCAAAGAAUUUGAGGAACUAUACACCCGAUAUGAAAGAAAUGGCAAGGCCAAGAAGGUUGUCCAGGCACAAAACCUCUGGUUUGAGAUUUUGAAAUCCCAGAUAGAGACUGGGACCCCUUACAUGCUUUUUAAGGAUACUUGCAACAGAAAAAGCAAUCAACAGAACCUGGGUACCAUAAAGUCUUCAAAUUUGUGCACUGAGAUAAUUGAAUACACAAGUCCAACAGAAACUGCUGUAUGCAAUCUAGCUUCGAUUGCUCUACCGCGAUUUGUGAGAGAGACGGGGGUCCCUAUGGAGUCUCAUCCAUCAAAACUUGUUGGGAGUAGAGGUUCCAAGAGUAGAUAUUUUGACUUCGAGAAAUUAGCUGAGGUUACAGGAGUGGUUACUGGCAAUCUUAACAAAAUAAUUGAUGUUAAUUACUACCCUGUUGAAACUGCUAGAAGGUCAAAUUUCCGACAUAGGCCCAUUGGCAUUGGAGUUCAAGGUCUUGCAGAUGUUUUCAUGUUGCUUGGAAUGGCAUUUGACUCGCCAGAGGCUCAAAAGCUGAAUAAGGACAUAUUUGAAACCAUUUAUUACCAUGCUCUGAAAGCUUCUUCUGAGAUUGCUGCAAGAGAAGGUCCCUAUGAAACAUAUGUUGGAAGUCCUGUGAGCAAGGGAAUUCUGCAGCCUGACAUGUGGGGUGUAACUCCUUCGAGUCUGUGGAACUGGGAUGCCCUAAGGGAAAUGAUAUCUAAGAAUGGGGUGAGAAAUUCACUUCUUUUGGCACCAAUGCCAACUGCUUCAACCAGCCAGAUUCUUGGAAACAAUGAGUGCUUUGAGCCAUAUACUUCAAACAUUUAUAGUCGUAGAGUUCUAAGUGGUGAAUUUGUUGUCGUCAACAAACAUCUUCUUCAUGACUUAACUGAGAUGGGCCUUUGGUCUCCUGCUCUGAAGAACAAAAUAAUCUAUGAAGAUGGCUCUGUCCAGAAAAUCCCAGAAAUCCCAGAUGAUCUGAAAUUUAUAUACAAGACUGUUUGGGAGAUCAAGCAAAAGACGUUAGUAGAUAUGGCAGUUGAUCGUGGGUGCUUCAUAGAUCAGAGUCAAAGUCUUAAUAUACAUAUGGACCAACCCAAUUUUGGAAAACUAACUUCCCUACACUUCUAUGCAUGGUCAAAGGGCCUAAAGACAGGGAUGUAUUAUCUAAGAUCACGUGCUGCAGCUGAUGCCAUCAAGUUCACUGUUGAUACUUCAGCUCUUAAGGAAAAGAAGCCGAGAGUGGAUGCUACUGCUGAUGAUGAUACCAAAAUGGCCCAAAUGGUUUGUUCCCUUACAAACCGUGAGGAGUGCUUGUCUUGUGGAAGUUAA